AUGUGCCUAAAAUACAGUCUGCAGGAGAUCCCCGGUAAGACCCAGGGCCAUUUCAUAGCAUAUUGGAUACAUGGAAGUCUGUUGAUAUACAGCUGUGUACAGCCCAAUGACAAUGAUGGGUCUUUAUGGAGCUUGGAGAAAUAUUGCGAUAGAGGUCGUGGUUGAGUAAAAAAAAUUGUUGUUUGGAGCCAGAUGGGUGUGCAAGAGUUCCUGCUUAUUAAACAUCAGAAAUGUGUAACCCACUCCAUGGCAGGAAAUGGACCUCUUGCACUGGCUCUGAAUGGGUUAGAUAUCAGAACAAAGACCAGCUGUGGUACUCCAGAUGUUGUGGACUACACUUCCCAUGAUGCUCAGCCAGCCCUUAGAUUAGUUCUCAAUCAUGUGUAUACCUGUUAAUGGAGAUCCUGUUUUUUUUUUUUAAAUUAAGACUCAUAUGGGGUUAUUAAGUAAAGUGGUAAUUUGACCAAGGAAUAGCACAUUUCAGGCCAAACCAGCAGAACUGGAAAAAUAGCUUAGUAGAAUAGAUUUUCCAUUUUAUCUGAUUGGGUGUAAACUGUGCAACUGAAUUCUUUGCCAUUCCCGGUAUACAGAAUAACUCCAAUAGUGAUUUAAUAUUCAUUGUUUUAGCAAACGGUUCUUCUCUAAUUAAGGGUUUGUGCUGUAAAAUAAUGCCUAGCAUUGUGCUGUCUCGUUAAACCUAAAUAUUUCAUGUUGUAAAAAUACAGCUGGGCAUGACUGUGCAGGGCCUAACUCUCAUUACCUGCAGCCAGCCAAAGGCUGUACACCACAUUAUCUGGUCUGCCAGGGGUGAUUUAUCACAGUUUUAGGAAUUAUUUGGCUGCUAAUGGUAUUGCUACAAUCCUUCGUAAAACUGAAAUGGUUAAACACAGGCAGUGUUUUUUUUUUUUUUUUACUAAGGUGAGAAUUCAAAGUGAAUUUCAACUUUAACAUCAAAAUAGUCAAACUGGUAUAAAAUAUCUAACUCAGUUGUAUUCCCAGUUUGGCUACUCUGGCCUUAAAUUGGUAACUAGCCCCGAGGUAUGGAGCGGAUUGUCACCUUUGCCCAUUUCAAUGUAUCAAUUCGAGGUUUAGUUAAUUAUCCAUAACAGCGGAUGAAGUCACAUGAUGUCACAAUCAGUCCCCCUGGAUCAGAUUACAUGGAAAUUAUUGUGACAUAUUAAACAGCCUUUCAAACAGUCGAAGAUUUUUUCUCAGUCUGUAGACUGUGCGAGUGCUUUGCAGUGUAAGAUAUUUGUUGAGAAUUCUUAUCUCUCUCUCAGCUCAUAACUAUUCAGAUCUUAUUACAGUCUGUUUGCUGUAAACAGUAGAAUGUGUAUUAUUACUAAACUAGACGCAAAAACUUACAUUCCUUUUUCAAACUAAACAUGUCCCUUAUCUCUGUGGGUGUAUAUCAUGAUUGUGUAGUAAUGUCUGGGUGGAUAUCAUGAUUGCGUAGUAAUGUCUGGGUGUAUAUCAUGAUUGUGUAGUAAUGUCUGGGUGUAUAUCAUGAUUGCAUUGCAGUAAUGUCUGGGUGUAUAUCAUGAUUGCAUUGCAGUAAUGUCUGGGUGUAUAUCAUGAUUGCAUUGCAGUAAUGUCUGGGUGGAUAUCAUGAUUGCAUUGCAGUAAUGUCUGGGUGUAUAUCAUGAUUGUGUAGUAAUGUCUGGGUGUAUAUCAUGAUUGUGUAGUAAUGUCUGGGUGUAUAUCAUGAUUGUGUAGUAAUGUCUGGGUGUAUAUCAUGAUUGCAUUGCAGUAAUGUCUGGGUGUAUAUCAUGAUUGCAUUGCAGUAAUGUCUGGGUGUAUAUCAUGAUUGCAUUGCAGUAAUGUCUGGGUGUAUAUCAUGAUUGCAUUGCAGUAAUGUCUGGGUGGAUAUCAUGAUUGCAUUGCAGUAAUGUCUGGGUGUAUAUCAUGAUUGUGUAGUAAUGUCUGGGUGUAUAUCAUGAUUGUAUUGCAGUAAUGUCUGGGUGUAUAUCAUGAUUGUGUAGUAAUGUCUGGGUGUAUAUCAUGAUUGUAUUGCAGUAAUGUCUGGGUGUAUAUCAUGAUUGUAUUGCAGUAAUGUCUGGGUGUAUAUCAUGAUUGUAUUGCAGUAAUGUCUGGGUGUAUAUCAUGAUUGCAUUGCAGUAAUGUCUGGGUGUAUAUCAUGAUUGUAUUGCAGUAAUGUCUGGGUGUAUAUCAUGAUUGCAUUGCAGUAAUGUCUGGGUGUAUAUCAUGAUUGUAUUGCAGUAAUGUCUGGGUGUAUAUCAUGAUUGUAUUGCAGUAAUGUCUGGGUGUAUAUCAUGAUUGCGUAGUAAUGUCUGGGUGUAUAUCAUGAUUGUAUUGCAGUAAUGUCUGGGUGUUUAUCAUGAUUGUAUUGCAGUAAUGUCUGGGUGUAUAUCAUGAUUGUGUUGCAGUAAUGUCUGGGUGUAUAUCAUGAUUGUAUUGCAAUAAUGUCUGGGUGUAUAUCAUGAUUGUGUAGUAAUGUCUGGGUGUAUAUCAUGAUUGUAUUGCAGUAAUGUCUGGGUGUAUAUCAUGAUUGUAUUGCAGUAAUGUCUGGGUGUAUAUCAUGAUUGUAUUGCAGUAAUGUCUGGGUGUAUAUCAUGAUUGCAUUGCAGUAAUGUCUGGGUGUAUAUCAUGAUUGCAUUGCAGUAAUGUCUGGGUGUAUAUCAUGAUUGCAUUGCAGUAAUGUCUGGGUGUAUAUCAUGAUUGCAUUGCAGUAAUGUCUGGGUGUAUAUCAUGAUUGCAUUGCAGUAAUGUCUGGGUGUAUAUCAUGAUUGCAUUGCAGUAAUGUCUGGGUGUAUAUCAUGAUUGCAUUGCAGUAAUGUCUGGGUGGAUAUCAUGAUUGCAUUGCAGUAAUGUCUGGGUGGAUAUCAUGAUUGCAUUGCAGUAAUGUCUGGGUGGAUAUCAUGAUUGCAUUGCAGUAAUGUCUGGGUGUAUAUCAUGAUUGUGUAGUAAUGUCUGGGUGUAUAUCAUGAUUGUAUUGCAGUAAUGUCUGGGUGUAUAUCAUGAUUGUAUUGCAGUAAUGUCUGGGUGUAUAUCAUGAUUGCAUUGCAGUAAUGUCUGGGUGUAUAUCAUGAUUGCAUUGCAGUAAUGUCUGGGUGUAUAUCAUGAUUGCAUUGCAGUAAUGUCUGGGUGUAUAUCAUGAUUGCAUUGCAGUAAUGUCUGGGUGUAUAUCAUGAUUGCAUUGCAGUAAUGUCUGGGUGUAUAUCAUGAUUGUAUUGCAGUAAUGUCUGGGUGUAUAUCAUGAUUGUGUAGUAAUGUCUGGGUGGAUACUGUAUCAUGUAUGUAAUGGAGCACUGUUUAUCUGUGGUUCAUAAUGUCUUGGCACCACCUAGUGGUAAUUUUGGGAAUUUCACAGAGAGUUUCCUUUGUGGUUCCCGAUUAUAAUACAGUGGGAUUUAGGGUCUCUUUUCUCAUUAACAUAAAAGGAUUUCCUUGUUAAGUGUAUUCACUCAGGUCAUCCCCCUCAGUCUACCACAGACUCCCGUUUCAGUGUGUCUAAUUAAUAUUGCUUUGCUUGUAAUUAAAUCAAUGAGUAAUUGCUUUGUUGUGUAAAGUCCUCUGGAUGAGAUUGCCAUAUUAUAACACUUAACCAAAUAAAUAUAUAUAACUGUUACUAUAUUAACAUGUAGUAGUAAAGGGUUCUGGUCCAGUACCUCCACUCACAAGAUCUACCCUUAUCUUGCACAUAGGGGUGUCCUGAUCCCCCUUCCCCCCCAAAUCUAAAAUAGAGGGUUUCUUGGUGCCUCCCCUGCCCUGAUCUAAUAUGUUCGGUUCCUUGGUGCAUCCACUCAGUUGGUAUCCCCCUAACCUAGAACGUGCGGUACCUUGGUGACUCCACUCACAGGGCUACCCGCAUAGUAGCUGUCUGAUGCAAAGUAUAACUUAAGAUCUUAACAUUUAUUAUUAUUAUUCCUCCAGAAACCAAUCUGUGUGACUGCAUGAUUAGAAGACGUGAAGAAGUCAUGUCCUAUGCUCACCAUACCUACCUCAUAAACUGCCAGACGGGAACUUGUAUCUGUUUGAGUGAAGACCCCGGGCAAACAGCAACGCACAACUAUCCCUCAACUCAGCAAAGCAAAGCACUGCUCCUGAGAGGACUGCUCAGAGGCUGCCUUACAGGCCCUGGGAAGAAACAGACUAUUCCCAAACUGAGCGCAGAAAACGAUGUGGCAAAACACAAACGAACAUCGGCAUCGACAGCCACAUACACCAACUGCCAACACCUUGCCUCCGAAACCUCGCAGGAAAAGCCCCGCGUUUGGACUCAACUGUCCAAACAUGUUCGAGAAAACCUAAAGAGCUGCUUCCGGGGUCUGAGCUGCUGUGUGCCUGCCCAGAGGGAAUGA